AUGGCCGGAGACGCGGACAAGGCUGCCAAGCUGGAAGCCUUCCUCGCAUCCAAUGUGGAAGAGGGGGGGCGGACGGUGUCGGCCAAGGGCCUGGCUCAUGAGAUGGGAGUGCCGUUGGCGGAUGCACGGGCUGCGCUGGAGGGGUAUGCCACCGGGAAGGCUCGCGACAAGCUGGCGGUGACCUGGUGCGUGUGCGGGACGACGGGAGACGGAAAGCACACUGUGGCGCUGGCGACGGGGUCGCGGGCGGAGGCGGUGGCGGCAAGCCUGGCCAAGGUCACCUCGCGGACGGUGUACGCGGUGGCGCUGGUGGCCGAUGCGCCCGACGGAGUGCCGGUCGACGCGCUCGCGUCGGCGAACACUGCGGCGCACAAGGCACUCUAUCGCAGCUUUGAUGAGCCUGGCAACGUGCUCCGCGAGUCGCGCAUGGGUGGCAUUGUAGCCAAGGGCGUGGUUGUCCGCUCUGCCAAGGCGCGAGAGGCUCGCAUUGAUGCUCCGGCGUUCGAGGCCGAGCCGAGGCGUACAGCAUCGGUCAAAAAGGUCAAGGAGGUGAGCAAGAAGUCGCUGGCGUCGUUCUUUGGGGCAGCCGGAUCGGAGCCCAAGGCGAGCAAGGGCAAGGCGAGCAAGGGCAAGGCUAAGCCCGAUGCCGAGACCAAGCCCGAGCCUGCAAGUGGAUCCAAGCGCCGGCGCCUCAUCGAGUCCGAGUCGGACUCGGAUUCCGAGUCUGAGCGGGAGGCGGAGGCUGGCGAGCCCGUGGCUGCCAAGACUGGACACAAGGAGACAACACCGCGCAAGCUCGCCAAGAAUUUGGCUGGCCGCAAGGCGUCGCCGGCCAACUCGCCGAUCAAGACGGCAUCGCCGGUGAAGCGUGCCAAGUCGAAGAAGGCAGCAGCCGCCGCCGCUGCCACCGCUACCGCCGCCGAGCCUGUGGCCAUGGACGUGGUGGAGACAAAGAUGGAGACGGAGACGGAGACCAAGGCCGAGGCCAAGGCCAAGGCCAAGGCCAAAACGUCGGUCAAAGUCGCGAUUAGUGCGGUGGAAGGCGAGGCCAGCGGCAAGGCCGACGACAAGCCGGCCGGGAAGGCCAAGACCAAGAAGAGCGGCAAGGUGUCGAUCAACCCCAACAUGGAUUUGGCGCAGAUGUACUUUGCCGCCAAGACUGAGACGUCGACUGGCGAUGAUGGCGGCAAGACUCAGGGUCUCGAGCCGAGCAAGGCCAGCAAGCCGAACACGCGGCGGGUCCGCAAGACGCGGAUGGUCUCCAAGACCUUUACUACCGAAGAGGGCUAUCUGCUCACCGAAGACGUGGAGGAAGAGUACUGGGAGGAGGAGGAGAUCCCAGCGAGCGAGGCUGCGCCAGGGCCGGCGGCGGCGGUGUUUGGUGGCAAGAGCAAGGCGACGGGCAACAAGGGCAAGGCGAGGAGCGGCAAGCAGGCAUCGCUGACAUCGUUCUUUGGCGCUAGCUAGUGGGUGGGGCGGGGAAUGAAGAGCGGGUUGCGGGGCCAA